CCUACUCGAUAUGUCUAGUGUCUCUGUGAUUUCUGUGAUGAAUCUUGCAACGGCUUUGUCUACCAUUGCUUGUCUUGCGAGUUCGAUAUCGACGUCUCGUGUGCUCUGCUUCCACCGUGUGUGAUGGGGGAGUUUCUCGAGCUCGAACGUUUCAGCCACCAGCAUCAGUUGGUUUUCACUGAAAAGCAUGAUGAAAGUGUAUGUUGCUUCGGAUGCAAGGAAGUGAUUUCCGGUCCUGGUUACGGUUGCUCUCGGUGCGAGUUCUUCCUUCAUAAGAAGUGUUCGAUGUUAUCCCCCGUGAUUAGACACCCUUAUCGUCGCGAACACCCUCUUAUUCUUUUGACGAAUCCCCCACCGUAUUAUUCGAGCUGCACCUGCAAUUUUUGUCACAGAACAUGCCAAGGCUUUGUUUAUCACUGCCCUACUUUUAAGUUCGAUCUCGACAUCAAAUGUGCUUCGCUUCCUCAAUGUUUCGUUGAAGCCGAAAAUCAUCGACACCGAUUCAUCCACCUGAUGAAGCCACUCUCGUUUAUAUGCGACUCCUGUGGCAUAAAGGGUGACCAUUUCCCUUACUUAUGUACCCAGUGCCAAGUACUGGUCCAUGAAGAAUGCAAAAUAUUACCCAACACCAUUGAAAUUAGAGAUCACUGUCAUCCUGUUACACAAUUCAGCUUGCUUCAAGGAAUUAGCGAUUCGUGUAACCAUCGUUGUGGUAUCUGUCAUGAUGAAGUGAGUGGAAAGUACGGUGGUUACGGUUGCUUUUGCUGCGAUUUCAUUGUUCAUUCCAAUUGUGCAGUAGCAAAUUCUGUUUCUGUGAUAAAAACCAAAGGGAACGAAUUCUUCGACUCGAUCAAGCAUUUUAGCCAUCCACACAAUUUAACCCUGAACGCAAAGGUAAAUGAUGAUAAGCUUUGUGACUGCUGCAUGAAACCCAUUUUGGAACAAUUCUACAGUUGUGAAGAAUGUGACAUUUUCCUCCAUGAAACAUGCCUUGAAUUGCCUAGGAAGAAGCAACACCCUCUUCACCCGCAUCCGUUAACCCUUCUAGAAAAGCAUCCAAGCUUCGAGGGCUUGUUUUUCUGCGAUGGCUGUCAUCAACGAUGCCAUGGCUUCACCUACAGCAGCAAGCAGUGCGAUUUCAACCUUGAUGUUCGAUGCGGUUCAUUGUCAAACAUCCUUAAACACAAAUCACAUGAGCAUCCCCUUAUUUUUAGCAAGGGAAGCAAAUGCAGUGCUUGUGGUUACGGUAAUGAGGUCUUAUACUCCUGCUCCGAUUGCAACUUUGCAUUGGACUUCGGCUGUGCUUUGUUACCGAAUACAGCAAGGCAUAAGCACCAUGGGCAUCCUCUCGAUCUCACUUACCAACACGAUGCAGAUCAGAUAUACUGCAUAUGCGAAGAAGAAAUCAACCCGAAGUGCUGGUUCUACUGCUGCAAACCGUGCAACUUUUAUGCUCACACGAAAUGCACUUUGGGGCAAUAUCCAUACAUCAAGUUAGGAAAAACAUACCCAUACGAAGCUCAUCCACAUCCGGUUGCCUUUGUACACAAAACAAAAGGUCAACCUCCACGCAGUAAAAGUGGUAACCCUAGCAAAGGUCUUGCCCUUGAAUGUACUAAGCAUCACUGUAAUUUCAUCAUUGAAUGGUGUCAUGUGGAAAUUCUCCAUUUCUAAGAUCCUUGUAAGUAAUGAACCUCAGAUUAUACCAUGAAACCUAUACAAUUUGAUUUGAACAAUCAAAGCCACUAA